CUGUCCGCCAGGGGGAGUCGCCUCUACACAUUCUGGUGCCAGAGCAGGUGUAGCGAGGUGAAGCAUCGCGUGUGGCUCGGCUGUUUCCGUCACGGCUCGGCAGUGAACCGCUGUGGAUGUGGGAAUGCGGUUGCCGGAGGCUGUGGGCAUUGCUGGACACUCGGCGGAGAUGUACGCACGGGAGCAGGAGCCCACAGCGGCUGGCUGUCGUCCAAGUUAACGGGCUGUUUUGGGGAUGUGGGUGGGACCCCCGGACGGCUGGGUGUCGCUCGGAGCAGGGCAGCUGGGUGUUUUCUCCCCCCCAUUUAUACAGCCUGUGAUUUUUCCUGCACGGUAGGGGAAUAAGAGAGACGCCAGGAAGGAUUCCCCAGCACUAUGGAGCCACGCAUUGCAGACAGCCGUGAAAGGUGACAGUGAAAUGAAUUGCGGAGCAUAUGACAGUCAGCUGUACACACUGUGCUGCUGCACAUAGAGGCAACAAUACUAUCUGCAUCAAGUUGUGGAGUCUGUGAAGCAAACAGCAGCAUCAUGUUCUACGGUUCUUCUUCUGGGGCGAGUAUGUCCCUGCCGUCCAAGAGCCGCUUGAAACGUCAGAGCAGGACCUUCACACAGGUCCUGUACCGUACGUUAAGCUACAGAGACCGUGUUCCUACAGACACUGGAACAAACACCCGAGGGGACCGGCGCUCGACGACUGAGCCUCCGGAGCGGCCGGCCGACGACCCGGCUGAGCUCUCCACUCAGAGCUCGGCCCCCGGCGUGUUGAAGAUUUUCGGAGAUGAAAUCUGCGCCGGUGCCAACUACAAGAGCGUCCUGGCCACGCCACGCUCCAGCGCGCAGGAACUUGUGAAAGAGGCACUCGAGCGCUACUCGCUCAACAAGGAUGCUGCCCACUCUUAUGUCCUGUGUGAUGUGAUCGGACGUUUCGAGGGAGGGGGCGUGAUCGGUGGGGGAGGAGGAGGAGGGUGGCGGACUGAAUGCUUACGAGCGCUGGGGGACAAUGAAAAGCCGCUGUUGCUCCAAGAGCUGUGGAAACCCCGAGAAGGACACGCACGCAGGUUUGAGCUGCGCAGGAGAGCAGAGGUGGAGGAACUAAAUGCUAAGGAGAAGGAUACGAUCACGGCUGAUAUUAAUGCCCAGGCUCGUAAGCUCCAGAGGAACAGGGCAAAGGGGACGCUGACCCUGCCCCGAUCCAGCAACUCAUCCUUCUGUCGCAGCCUCAGCGAGACUAGCCUCAACCAGCUGGGAUUGGGAGAGGAGCCCAAGCGUUAUUACUCCACCCUGCCAGGACCACUGAGGGGCCGAGAACGAGAAGGGACCUCCAGCAGCCGGAGAAAAGACGAGGGCAGUCAGGGAGGAGGAGGAGGAGGGGUGAAGCACUCUCUGUACCAGUCCCCUCAUCUUCUGCUGCUUCAGGGAUUCAAUCGGCAGGACUGCCUGGUGUAUCUGCUGAACAGAGAGCAGCACACGGUCGGUCAGGAGACACCGUCAGCUCGUCCCAACAUCUGCCUCUUCUCUCCCGACAUCCUGCCGCUCCACUGCCGCUUACGCCGAGUCCCCGCGCCCCGUCGCCACGCCAGCAACAACAACAAGGGAGAAGAGCAGGGGGAGAGUCAGCGAUUCUGCGUUGCAGUCGAGCCCGUGCUCAACGCCACAGUCCUGGUGAACUUUUCCCGCUGCGAGCGCUCCACCACGCUGCGGCACGGUGACCUCCUUUCUUUCGGAGCACAUUACAUCUUUCUGUACAAGGACCCCACAGGUUCUAAGCCGCUACCCGCGCAGACCUUGGCACGCCUUCGCACGCUGGGGCAGCUUUACGACGCAGGGGCGGAGGAGGGAGAGGGCGGGGCUCAGACUUGUAAGAUGUGCGGCUCCGUGCUGAAGGACAGAGCAGCGCAGGUGUCGAGCGCCCCGGCGGUCAGACGCGGUUUCAAACCUCACCUGGUAAAACCCCGCAGCGUGGGGACAUCAACAGGAGGGCCACUUACUGUGUCAGGGGGUGAUGGAGGAGGGAGAGGAGCUGGAGGAGGUCAGAAAAGGAGGCUGCAGCUGGAGUUUGACCAGGCUCAUGAAGACCAGCUGCUAAACAGGAUCGUGUCUCUCAUAGAACCUGGAGGAGAUGACCACAAGCUGACACCUGCCUACCUGCUGUGCAUGUGCAUACAGCACUCUGCAUCGACAUUCCCACCUGGAAGUUUCGGAAAACUGCUGCUCAAGAUCGUCCGGCGAAUCCAGAGCAUAGCAUGGGAGAAGACAAAGGAGCUGGCGCAGAAGCAAGCUCAGCAUAGCCAAGAUCCGGCCUCGCUGUCUCUGCUCAGCAUCUCAGACCUGGUCCCAGACCUGCAGACCAUUUUCUUCUGGAUGUCCAACUCUAUCGAGAUCCUCUACUUUAUACAGCAAAGAGCGCCAGCCUACACACACAGCAUAGAGACACUGCAAGGGUCAAAGGAGUCGUUGCUAUCAGCGACCAUAUCAGCCAAUGAGGAGGCUAUGACAAUCUUGGAAGAAGUAAUCAUGUACACUUUCCAGCAGUGUGUCUACUAUAUCACCAAGGCUCUUUAUGUGGUGUUACCGGGUCUGUUGGACUGUAAUCCAUUUCCGGUCGACAGCUCUGAGCCCUGCUGGAAAGGAGGCGUGGGGUUUCCUGAACCUGUGCGAAGGGUUUUGCAGGUCUUUCAGAGUGCGCAGGAGCUUCUGCAAGGCUACCAGGUUCACCCAGAGAUCCAGGCUCAAAUGUUUGCUUACCUCUUCUUCUUCUCCAACGUGUCACUGUUUAACCAACUGAUGGACAAAGGUCCGUCUCGGGGUUGGUUCCAGCGUUCCAAGGUGCUGCAGAUUCAGGCGUGCUUGAGGAUGGUCAUGGAGUGGGCGAGCAGGUCCGGUCUGGGACAUCUGGCUGAAAAAUUCUUCACCAAACUCAACAGCACAGUGUCCAUAUUGGCCACACCCCCCCAACAGCUCACUCAGUUGGGGUGGCGAGCGCUGUCCAGCGAGCACCCAACUCUGAAACCAGUCCAGCUCCACCGCAUUCUCACUCAGUACCAGCUCACAGCAGAGAUAGGCCCCGUUCCAAUAUGGCAACCCAGUAGCGAGGACGAGCCGUACAUAUACAGAACAGUCGACCUCCUGGAGAGCUUUGAGAACCACCCUCCAAUUGUGCUGCCCAGCUCGGGCUUCAGAGUGGACCUGGACAGCGAGUGUGUAGAAGACAGCAUCUACAGACAGCUGCUCUACAUCCGCCACUACCUGUGGGGGCUUCGCACCAAGACGCAAACACACACCAACACUCCCAGUGUGCAGACACACUCCAAUGGAACCAACACAGCUGACUGGCCGGAAGUUCAGAGGGAGCUGCUACCUCCGAGCCACAGCAGUCCUCGUUCAGGGGGUCCAGGGGACGACGGGCCAGGAGAGCCAGGAGAGGAGAGAGGACGGGACAGACCAUCAGGCCAGUCUCACACACACAGCCUCAGACGGAACGGCACCAUUCACCACCCUCGAACUGCAAAUCCAGACCCGUCCUGCCUCCUGACUCCUCCCAACACUCCCUUGUACCCUGAAGGAGGAGGCAGCGGAGGCGGAGGAGGGCCUGUGCCGCUCAUCGGUACCAACGUUCAGACCAACGGCUGCACCGGCAGGACUGUGGCUGAAUGUAAAAAGACCAAUGGACUCAUCACCAACGGACUGGAGGGGUGUAUUAGUGGGUGUGAAUUCCCUUUCCCUGUAUCCUCCCCCGGCGUCCCCUCCCUUCCUGAUGACUUGUGUGUGGUGUUUGUAGUGGAACUGGACAAGGGACCCUACGGACUGGGCAUGGGACUCAUAGACGGCCUGCACACUCCUCUCAACGCUCCAGGCAUUUACAUCCGGACUCUGAUCCCCGAUGGACCAGCCGCCUCUGACGGCAGGCUGAGGAUCGGAGACCGCAUCCUGGCAGUGAACGGUACCAGUCUGAUAGGAGCAGACUACCAGAGCGCGGUGGAUUUGAUUCGUCUGGGAGGGGGUCGACUGCGUUUCCUGGUAGCCAAGUCUGACCCAGAGGUCUCGGAGAAGAUCAGCGCCUCCUCCUGCUGAUUACCUCGGCCUCCCAGCUAAGACAUGCACAACACGCUACACCGGACUGGAGAUAGGAACUAACAAGGAAUACAGAUGUGUGCACUGACAAAUGGCAUACACACACCGCUCUCACCCAAAGGAGUACCUACGCCUCAUGAAAUAUGAAUGUGAAACCCAGCGUCUGCACAGCUCAAAGCCAAGCAGAUAACACUCCACGACUCCACUGAACAGCUGCCAUACCUGCUUCCCUCACGCAGACUCCUACUGGGUUUGUGUAACAGACACAGUCUUAAACCCUCGGCGACUUCAAAGGAGUCCGCAGCGAGGAAAGUUGCCUAAUUAAUCAGCGUUUGAGGUGGGUUAGGUCUAGCCAAUCAGUAUGCAGUGUGAGGCGGUUUAAAGCACAGCGGAUUCUCAUCAGUCAAGCCCAGAGGCACGUGUGACUUUUGCCAACAGUAUUUUUGAGUUGUUUCUAUUAAAUUCCAGAUGUAAAUAGCACGCUGAGAUGCCUACCCAGCUCUCUGAAACAGGUGGACACAAACUGAAGAUGUACUUUAGAAUUUUAGAAGCAUUUGCAGACAAGGUGAGCCUCAGUGAACCCCUGAAUGUUUUGUAAAUCCAUUUGUUAUAGCGAGCAGUAUCAGCGUCUACUCCACGGAUGCAAGUUUGUGAAUGAAUGUUGACUUUUGCACUGAAGAGUGGAAGAAAACGACAGAGGGAGUGAACUGAAAAAUCACAAGAAGUACAAGCUCACUCUCCCAUUCCACCUGUGACAUCGUAGCUGGACUUUACCUUCGCU